AUUAUUUGUUUUCACUUUUAUGGAGAUUUCACAAAGCAAGCCAGUUGAACCAAUAAUGGGCCUUAUGAGAUAUUUUCGCAGGCCCAUUAUCUUCUGUACAGCAACGAAUAAACCCAGCCAAAAACCCUAAAUCGAGAGAAACCACAAGCGUAUCGAUAUUUGUUCUCCCAGAUCUUCGUUUCGUCUCUUCGUUCUCAAACUCAUGGCGACUAUUCCGGUUAACCCGAAACCAUUCUUGAACAACUUGACCGGCAAGACUGUUAUCGUCAAGCUUAAAUGGGGAAUGGAAUACAAAGGUUUUCUCGCCUCUGUUGACUCCUACAUGAACUUGCAGCUGGGAAACACCGAAGAAUAUAUUGAUGGACAAUUGACAGGGAACCUUGGAGAGAUCUUGAUCAGGUGCAACAAUGUUUUGUAUGUCCGUGGUGUGCCAGAAGAUGAAGAGCUUGAAGACGCUGAUCAAGACUAACCUGUAUUGAGUACUUAGAAAUUGCAAGUCUGUGUGUUUUAAUUUUUGUAUUCUGUGAGCACUUUAAUCUUAGUGUGAUGUUGUUGAAUCUUAAGAGUUUGUUGAUCAUAUUCAUACCUUAAAAAACUAACAAGCCCUUUUUCUUAUGAGAAACCAUUCUUCUUGCCGG